AUGAUCUCGAGUAUAUCAGUUCGUAUUUCCAACACCUCAGAGCACAGUAGGAGACCUGCAAAUGCAAAUAUUGCUACAGCAUUCGAUCAACCAGCCGACAUUCUGCUUGGUUUCGUUAUCGAUCCUACUCCUUUCAAUAUCGUCAGACCCGCAUUACUCGAUUCUAUCAUCGACGUACCUACGUCUCUAACUCAGCAUCGACGGACCCGCGCAGGGCCUGGACCGUUUCUAUUGACGUUAGAAACAGACUUUCGCGUUGUCACCCAAGUACCUAAUCCAUUUGGUCCCAAACCACAUCCUCCUUCAUCUAAACUACCACCUGAUUUGAACCCAGAACAAGCCCAGCUUGAUCCCUACUCCAGCCUUGCAGAGAACACGGAUCUCACUCUUCAGGAGAAGAUCACCGUGGGUGAUCAACAUGAGCUUCGUGUUCGCUUGGAGAUCGUGCCAAAUGUCGACGAUCCACUGGUGUUCUUCUGCUUAGGUUCAGAUACCUUCCUGCAGAUGCCCCCAAACUCUGAGGUAUCGUUAAUCCAGUACCAUGUGGUUGGUGGUAUCCUAGACUUUUACUUCUUCCCUGGUCCCUCGGAUGCAGAAGUAAUCACCCAGUAUGGUUCAGUCAUCGGGUACCCUAUGUGGCAACCUGCGUGGGGCUUUGGGUUCCACCUUUGCAGAUGGGGAUACCACAAUGUUAGCGAUGACAUAGAAAAUGUCGCGCAGAUGCAUGCUGCGGGCAUCCCCUUGGAAGUUCAAUGGAAUGAUAUUGAUUUGUACCACACUUACCGCGACUUUACUACUGACCCAGUAAGUUUCUCUGGGGACGAACUUCGUGCGUUCAUUCGAGAAUUGGCCGCGAAUAACCAACAUUAUAUCCCCAUUGUGGAUGUAGGUAUUGCUAUCACAUUAAACUCAACUGACGUCUAUGAUCCUUUCACACGAGGCAUUGAAGAAGAUGUGUGGAUCAAGAAUCCAGAUGGGUCCCUGUACCUUGGUCAAGUCUGACCUGGAUACACCGUC